GUUUUCCUUAUUAUAAGCUAAGAACAGAGCUUCUUCCGACGACUUUCGUCGGGUGAAGAAGACGACGACGGAGGCGAGAACUGUAAUUCUCAGAGAAGAAGAGUGAGAAACUUUUUUAGAGAGAAAGAGUAGGAUGGAUUCCAAAAUAUCAUCAUCUUCCUCCUCCUCCUCCUCUGUGAUUGAGCACAAGGCUUAUGCCAGAGUGGGACUACUGGGAAAUCCGAGCGAUGUUUACUAUGGUCGCACCAUCUCUUUUGCUUUCUCGAAUUUCUGGGCCUGCGUGCAACUCCGCCCUUCCGAAGAGCUUGUCAUCACUCCCCAUCCCACCCACGACUUCGUCCACUUCAGAUCCCUCGAUCAUCUGGUUAAUCGAUUGUCCAGUGAAGGCUACUAUGGAGGGGUGCGAUUGCUUAUGGCAAUUUGUAAAGUUUUUUAUAGUUAUUGCAGAGAAAACGAGAUUAAUCUUCAUACAAGGAACUUUACUUUGUCUUACGACACUAAUAUUCCUCGACAGACAGGGCUUUCAGGUUCCAGUGCAAUCGUAUGUGCUGCCUUGAGUUGCUUGCUAGACUUUUUUGAUGUCAGGCAUCUGAUUAAGGUGGAGGUCAGACCUAAUCUUGUUCUUGCUGCAGAGAAAGAACUUGGCAUUGUUGCUGGCCUUCAAGAUCGAGUUGCGCAGGUCUAUGGUGGCCUUGUUUACAUGGAUUUUAGCCAGGAGCACAUGGAGAAGCUUGGGCAUGGCAUAUACACACCCAUGGAUAUUAAUCUUCUUCCUCCACUCUAUCUAAUUUAUGCUGAUAAUCCGAGUGAUUCCGGAAAGGUCCACAGUACAGUACGGCAGAGGUGGCUCGAUGGUGACAAAUUGAUUAUAUCAUCAAUGCAAGAAGUUGCUAUGGUUGCAGAAGAAGGAAGGACAGUUUUACUUGAGAAGGACUAUUCAAAACUUGCAGCACUUAUGAACCGCAAUUUUGAUCUUCGCAGGAGAAUGUUUGGAGAUGAUGUUCUGGGUGCUUUAAACAUAGAAAUGGUGGAAUUAGCCCGAAGAGUAGGCGCUGCUUCAAAGUUCACAGGCAGUGGAGGAGCUGUUGUGGUAUUCUGCCCUGAUGGGCCUUCACAAGUGAAGCUUCUGGAGGAAAAUUGCCAGAAAGCUGGUUUUGUUUUUCAACCAAUCCAGGCGGUUCCUUCAUGCCUAAAUGAGGUUGAUCUUAAAACACUUUCCAGUUAGACUAUGAGUUUGGUAGUUUAGGUUUGCUGAGGAAGUAUGCAUCUUGAAUAUAUAUAUAUUGUCAUUCAGUAGUUUGCAAAGUUAAUACUACAUUUUUUUCUUCCUUUUUUUCUUGUUGUUUUAGACAGAUUAUAGGAGCUGCUAAACUUGGUAAAUUGGUAUUAUUGGGCGUUUUGAACAUUCGACAUUCAUUUGAUCAAUUAAUAACUGUGCUCACUUUCAUUUA